CACUUCCUAUAUUUGAGAUGAGAGAAGAGAGUGCUAGGCAGUUUCCUGGCUGAACACGCCAGCCCAAUACUUAAAGAGAGCAACUCCUGACUCCGAUAGAGACUGGAUGGACCCACAAGGGUGACAGUCCAGGCGGACCGAUCUUCCCAUCCCACAUCCUCUGGCGCAAUGCCAAAAAGAGGCUGACGGCAACUGGGCCUUCUGCAGAGAAAGACCUCCGCUUCACUGCCCCGGCUGGUCCCAAGGGCCAGGAAGAUGGAUUCAUACCUGCUGAUGUGGGGACUGCUCACGUUCAUCAUGGUGCCUGGCUGCCAGGCAGAGCUCUGUGACGAUGACCCACCAGAGGUCGCACAUGCCACCUUCAAAGCUGUGGUCUACAAGGAAGGAACCAUGUUGAACUGUGAGUGCAAGAGAGGUUUCCGCAGAAUAAAAAGCGGGUCACUCUAUAUGCUCUGUACAGGAAACUCUAGCCACUCAUCCUGGGACAACCAAUGUCAAUGCACAAGCUCUGCCGCUCGGAACACAACAAAACAAGUGACACCUCAACCUGAAGAACAGAAAGAAAGAAAAACCACAGAAAUUCAAAGUCCAAUGCAGCCGGUGGACCAAGCGAGCCUUCCAGGUCACUGCAGGGAACCUCCACCGUGGGAAAAUGAAGCCACAGAGAGAAUUUAUCAUUUUGUGGUGGGGCAGAUGGUUUACUACCAGUGCGUCCAGGGAUACAGGGCUCUACACAGAGGUCCUGCUGAGAGCGUCUGCAAAAUGACCCAUGGGAAGACAAGGUGGACCCAGCCCCAGCUCAUAUGCACAAGUGAAACGGAGACCAGUCAGUUUCCAGGUGAAGAGAAGCCUCAGGCAAGCCCCGAAGGCCAUCCUGAGAGUGAGACUUCCUGCCUCGUCACAACAGCAGAUUUUCAAAUACAGACAGAAAUGGCUUCAACCAUGGAGACGUUCAUAUUUACAACAGAGUACCAGGUAGCAGUGGCCGGCUGUGUUUUCCUGCUGAUCAGCGUCCUCCUCCUGAGUGGGCUUACCUGGCAGCGGAGACGGAGGAAGAGUAGAAGAACUAUCUAGAAAACCAAAAGAAGAACUUCUUGGUAAGAAGCCGAGAACAGACAACAGAAGUCAUGAAGCCCAAGUGAAAUCAAAGGUGCUAAAUGCUCGCCCAGGAGACAUCCCUUGUGCUUGCCUGGGUUUUGGAAGCUCUGAAGUCACAUCACAGGACACUGGGCAGUGGCAACCUUGUCUCUCUACGCCAGCUCAGUCCCAUCAGACAGCGAGCGCUACCCACUUCUAAAUAGCAACUUCGUCAUUGAAGAGGAAGGGCAAAACCACUAGAACUCUCCAUCUUAUUUUCAUGUAUUUGUGUUCAUUAAAGCAUGAAUGCUAUGGAACUCUCUCCACCCUAUAUAUAGUAUAAAGAAAAGUAGGUUUACAUUCAUCUCAUCCCAGCUUCCCAGUUCGGGAAUCCCAAGGAAAGCCCUAGCACUAAUGUAAAUACACAACACACACACUCUACCCUGUACGACUGGACAUUGUCCGUGUGGUUCCUUUCUCAGCCGCUUCUGACUGCUGAUUCUGCCGUUCACAUUGCCUAACGAACAUCCUUCAAGAACUCUGGGCUUCUGCCCAGAAAUCAUUUUACCUUUGGCUCAAUCCUCUAAGCUAACCCCCUUCUACUGAGCCUUCAGUCUUGAAUUUCUAAAAAACAGAGUCCAUGGCAGAAUAAUCUUUGGGUAACUUCAAAACGGGGCAGCCAAACCCAUGAGGCAAUGUCAAGAAGAGAAGGAUGAAUGAGGUCCCAGGCAGAGAAUCAUACUUAUCAAGGUUUUACCUGUGCGUUACUAAUUGGCCUCUUUAAGAGUUAGUUUCUUUGAAUUUGGCCUGCACUAAUUUGAUGUUUACAGGUGGACACACAUGUGCAAAUCAAUGCGUACUUUUCCUAAGAAGUGUCUAAAAACACCAAAAAGGGAUCCAUACAUUCAAUGUUUAUGGAAGGAAGGAAAGAAAGAAGGAAGUGAAGAGGGAGAAGGGAUGGAGGUCACACUGUUAGAACGUAACCGCGGAAAAGACCACAUGAGGCCUGGCACGGUGGCUUAGGCCUGUAACCCCAGCUCCCUAGGAGACCAAGGCAGGAGCAUCUCUUGAGGCCAGGAGUUUGACACCAGCCUGGGCAGCAUAGCGAGACCCAUCCCUACAAAAAAAUUAAAAAUUGGCUGGAUGUAGUGGCAUACUUCUGUAGUUCUAGCCACUCAGGAGGCUGAGGCAGGAGUAUUGCCUGAACCCAGGAGUUCAAGGCUGCAGUCAGUCAUGAUGGCACCACUGCACUCCAGCCUGGGCAACAGAGCAAGACCCUAUCUUUAAGGAAAAAAAAGAAAAGAAGAGCAUACCAGCAGUCCUUGAACAUUACCAAAAAGUUAAGCAUAUUAGAAUCAGCUGGAGGCCUUGUUAAAACAGUUCGCUGGGCCCAUCUCCAGAAUCUCUGAGUUGUUGGUCUGGAAUAGAGCCAAACGUUUUGUGUGUCUAACAAUUCCCAGGUGCUGUUGCUGCUGCUACUAUUCCAAGGAACACACUUUGAGAACCAUUGUGUAAUCGCUCUGCAUGCCCACCCACUCUCAACUCCCACGAAAAAAAUCAACUUCCAGAGCUAAGAUUUCGGUGGAAGUCCUGAUUCCAUAUCUGAUGCAAGAUGACCCCUCACCAAUCAGUUGAGUCAACAUUCUAGCUCAACAACAUCACAUGAUUAAGAUUAACGAAAAUUAUUCAUUCAGGAAACUAUCAGCCAGUUUUCAUUUCUCAAGGGGCAGGAGAGUGUUAUGAAAAAUAACGGCAGUUUUCAGCAGGGUACAGAUUCAGAUUAAAUAACUAUUUUCUGUCAUUUCUGUGACCAACCACAUACAGACUCAUCUGUGCACCCUCCCCCUCCCCCUUCAGGUAUACGUUUUCUGAGUAAAGUUGAAAAGAAUCUUAGACCAGAAAAUA